AGUGAAACAAGAAGAGCCCAGACGGCGAUUUGUGACUGAACGAGGAAGUAAAAAGACCUGUCAAAGCUGGGAACGCGCGUGUAACAAACCAACAUGUUGGCUAUUUCCGAGGAGGAUUUAAACAGGAAGAGGCUUGAAUGCGACCCUCUGGCGGAUAAUGCGAUGGAAGAGGUAGCGAGAGUUCGCGGUGAAAAAGCAAUAAAAGGUCAUUACGUACUUAGGGCUGUCCAAGAUCUUGGAAGACUCUCUGAGGAUUCCCAUUGCGCGAGAUUUAUCGAAUUCUAUGAACAAGAACCUCCAUGGGAAGUUGAUUGGCAAAUGUGGGAGUUAGGAAGGCGGGUAUUUGUCCGAAACAGUGUCUUUGCCGGCCUUGUUCUCAUGUAUGGUAGUCUUGUUUCCUCAUUCACCGCUGCCUAUGGGAAUAAGGUGUUGUCAGCUACAGGACGCAUUUCCCCUAACGGAGAUGUUCGCCGAAGACUGUUUGAGACCCUUUUCUUUGUGAGGGCUGUUGUUCUUGGUUCGUCGAGUGAAAUUAAAGAGGCCUGCAUGAGGGUGCGUCUGCUCCAUGCUGCUGUACGCCGUCACCUUCUUCAUCGUGACGGUGGGUGGGAAAUUGAAAAUUUUGGAUGUCCAAUCAACCAAGAGGAUUUAGCUGGUACAUUGUCUACAUUUUCAUCUGUUGUAGUUGAUGGACUAGAAAUUCUUGGUGUUUCUUUGUCAAAAACUGAAAAGGAUGCUUACCAAACUUUGUGGAAAUAUGUUGGUUUUUAUCUGGGAAUGACAAGUGAUUUACUAUGUGACAACUAUGAAGAAGAAUGGAAACUGUGCAAUAUGAUAAGAGUGCGACAGUGCAAACCAGACCCUGAUUCAGUGGUGUUGACUGAGGCACUUUUACAGGAAUUUGCGAGCAAAAAUCCCUUUUAUCUCAGUUACAAUUUCUCAAGCAGUUUAUCAAGACACUUCAUUGGAGAUGAUCUUGCAGAUGAGCUUGGCCUUUCAAGAUUUAACAUGCUCAGUCAAGUUAUUAUGAAUUUGUUAUACUGGAUUCUCAGAACAUCAUGUUUCACUCAAAGGAGAGUUUCUUUUCUUGAGCAUGGGCUGUAUAAAUUUGGAAAGUAUGCCCUGAAUACAAUAGUUCACCUCUCCUUAGGAGGCAGGGAACCUUCUUUCAUCAUGAAGGUGUAUUCUUGAGCAGGUAUCAUUCAGUUUACAUCUGUUCAUCAGAGCUAGAGAUCUGGUUCAUGAACACAGAUCCUCUUUUAGUUAGUACAGUGGGAUCCUAGGACAAUGAUUCCUUUUGAGUUGAUUUUGGUCCCUUUAGCAUGUUAAAAGCUAAGCUCUUGGAGAACUGAUUCAGAAAUGAAGGAGAACUGAAGGAAACAUGGCCAGUAUUUUUAAUUAUAAAAUAAUUCAAAUAGUACACACGCUCUGAUUGGCCAUAAAACCAUUUUACAUGAGCGUAUGUAAACACGGUUUUCGUUCCUCU